CUACAUUCCAUUUGUUUAUGGUACCUGGGGUUUUAAAAGAAAGAGAUACCGUUAAUAUUACUUGCGUAGUGAAAAAUGGCAGGCCUGCUCCUAAAGUACAUAUAAAAGUUUCUGGUACGGAAGUGCCGUCUGCUGUCCAGAAGGAUUAUGUCAAUUAUUCCACCUCUUUAAACACAAAUGUUGUCACCAUGACAACAUUCGAGCGAAGCUGGAACAGAGAAAACAUAACCUGUUGUCGUUACAAUGAAUGGUACAAGGUCAGAAGGGCGUGCUCCCAACCAAAACAGGUCAACUUUUUGUAUCCUCCAUCUGACAUCACACUAGAAGUCAAAAUUGACGAAGGACUUCAAAUGUACGCUUUAUGUUCAGUACUUGAUUCAAAUCCAGCAUGUGUGGCAAACUUUAGUGCUCAAAAUGGAAUCAUUGCUUCAGAAAGGUACAACGAAAGCGUAAGACAACCACUUGGCGCAUGGAAUUCAAAAUAUGCAGUAAAUUUGAAUGUCAGGAAAGAUGAUAACGGAAAAAAGAUUGAAUGCUCAGCUGACUGUCCAAAUUUUACUGUCGUUUUGAAAAGCACUGUCUCCAUCACUGUUCCACAGAAAGCUGAGCAACGUUUCAACAACCAGGAUACAACUGGAUUUGGGGGCAACUCGUUUAUCUGGAUCAUUAUAAGUUCUUGUUUAACUGUUGUCCUUACUGGUGUAUUCAUCGCGUGUCUAGUUGCAAUAAAGAAAAUGAAGACCGCUAAAGCAAAAUGGGGAGCAAAUCAAGUGAGACACAGUGCAAGUGGUGGUGGAACGAGGUUUGUUUAUUAAUUUUCUUAAACCACCUAAAACAAUGUCGGUGGUCUUUGAAUCUUAAACUAUUACUUAUUGAACAUAAAAACAAC